GGUCAAACGGCGUGGUGGGAGGCAACGGGAUGGCCGCUGGCACUGGGACCAGUGGGCGCCAGGACUGGGGGGACAGCAGCAGGCACCGGGACGGCGAGCACAGGAAGCCCCAAUGCCAAAACAGCACUGGGGAAAAACUGUGGGGCACCCGCUCGCUCUCCCCAUUUCCCACCUUGGUGUGAGUCGCCCUGUGCAGCUCCACCUCCCGGAGUCCCGUUAUUUCCAUCCCAGCCCUCGCGGAUGGCCCGUGCAGGGCUGGAGGUGCCAAGCCUCCCCCCCCCCAGCAUCCCACACCUCGAGGGUAUGGGGAAGAGCAGCCGUGCCACACCAUGAAUUAUUGAGGCAGGUAGGAGCAGCACCUUGGCCCCACACCCUCCCCUGCCUCUUCCUUCCCCCCCCCCCCGGGUGGGUGCCAGCGGGUGGGGACGGCUCCGGUUUCUGCCAAGUCACGGCAGGGCGAAGAGACCUUUGGAACCGGCGCAUCACGUGGGGCACCAGGCAGCCCUUAAGGCACCCCGACGGGCGCACGGGGGAAGGCAGACGCUCGCCCGCAGCCAUGACCAUCCCCAUCGCCAAGUCCUUCUACGACCUGAGUGCCACCUCCUUGCUGGGGGAGAAGGUGGACUUCAACGUUUUCCGGGGCCGCGUGGUCCUCAUCGAGAACGUGGCGUCCCUCUGAGGCACCACGGUGCGGGAUUACACCCAGCUCAACAUGCUCCAAACCCGCUAUCCCCGCCGGUUGGUCGUGCUGGGCUUCCCCUGCAAUCAAUUUGGCUACCAGGAGAACGGCACCAACGAGGAGAUCCUCAACAGCCUGAAGCAUGUGCGGCCGGGGGGCGGCUUUGAGCCCAACUUCACCCUCUUCCAAAAGUGCCAGGUGAACGGGCACGACACCCACCCCGUCUUCGCCUACCUGAAAGCUCACUUGCCCGCGCCGGCCGACGAGGCGGCCCACCUGAUGGCCGAGCCCCGCUUCCUCACCUGGAGCCCCAUUCGACGCUCUGACAUCUCCUGGAACUUCGAGAAGUUUUUGGUGGGUCCCGAAGGGGAACCUUUCCGGCGCUACAGCCCCCGCACGCCCACCGCCCAGCUGGAGCCCGAUAUCCAGCGUCUCCUCAAACUGGCCAAGUAGGGCCGGCUCCGGCAUCCCCCUCGCCCCCAGGACAGCCCCAGCUCUCCGCCGGGUGACAGCCCCCUCUGAAAAUGCCACGGGGAGGGGGCUCGAUGCGGGCAGAAGGCUGGGGCAAUCGGGGCGGCGCGGGCUGGCGGCAAUAAAUGAG